AUGGGAACCUUGAUGCCUGCCAACCUUGCCGCGGGUGCGAGACUUGCGGCCGAAAACCAGAGUCAGAGUUUGGACGAGAAGACAGCGAGGACGUACGAGCUUCGGCUCAUUGCCCUUGAGAAGUUUGCCAGGGAAAACGGUGACGAUGCUGUCCUUUUUGGCCCCAACAAAAGGCCGUUUUUAGGGGCGACUAUACAAACCUUUAUUCGUAAGUUCUUAUAUUUUCUGAUAUAUUGAUUCAAUCAAAUUCCCGCCUCACGCCUUCGGUGUUUCAGACUCGAGCCGAAGUUUUUUUUUUGUUAUCUACCGUUGCCGCAGUUUUGUUUCAUCGUUUAACGGAAAGAUAAAGAACACACAUUGUUAUUGUUUUGGGCUUCCGCGUUUUUAUUUCAAGGUCAUACGAAAAUCGCUGUAAUUGUUUAGUACCUGGUUCGUUGGUGGAGACGUGGUGUCACUGUCUUGUAAAUAUUGGUGCAGGCGUAUAUAAAGUAACGUUUUUGGUAGUACCGCUGACCUUUCAGGAUUCUCGGUUGCUCGUCUGUCCUCCUUGCUUCGGUGAUAACUGGUAGGUUAAGAGUUAGGGAAAUAGCAUAUAGUUUAGAGGGAUUUUUUGAUUAUACGUAUAUAAAAAUGUGAGCCUAAUAGCAAUGCAUACAGACAUUUGCUGCUCCACAAUGGACAAUUUGAAGUUAGAGGUCUGCAGCCUGUGUGCAAGAAUGCUAAGUCUAUAGACUGAAUGCUCAUGUCUCGAUCAAAGAGUAAGUUUCAAAAGGGAUACUUGCGAGUCAUCACUUCGAUCAAUGGCGAUAAUUAACUUGUUUUUUUGUGUGUGCCCCUGAAAGCUAGGUUAUUUUGCUAUUUAGGAUCACCCCUAUUUUGCAUCUAAACCUUCAUUUAGAUGGAAUUCUCGAACAUGUAACAAUUGCCCAAUGAAGCUCUGCCAAGGCGGGGGGGGGGGGCGAGAUUUCCAGGUUUAGGUUUAGGGGUUUAGGGGUUGGGGUUUAGUGUUAGGGUUAGGGUUUCGGGGUAGGGCAUUCUAAUUUUGAAAGGUCUUGUGUCAGUGUUUGUAAACGGUUCACAUCGCUGUCGGAAAUUGAACGAAAUUUCUUUGUCCUUGUCGGAAUUUUAGAAAUGAGGGAUGGCGAUGCGUUUCAAGAAACCAUUACAGUUCUGCACUUUCUCAGUUAACAUUUCUUGUAUCGAACACCUAUACAUCACCAUAUCAUUCACAAUAAAGUGAUCCACGUUCAACAUUUUAAGACUAACUCACCAAGAAAAAUUGAUGAGAAUUACUUCUUUUUGGCAUUCAGACUGGUGAUGAAUUAGCCAAACCACCGUUUUUUGUCACUCAUUCUUGGCUUUGCUGUUAGUAUCGCAAUUUAGCCAAGGGAUGUUGUCCCUUGUCGGGAUUUUAUGUUACAAUCCGUUGCAACUUUUUCGGCCAAGUCACUUGCCAGUGCCUGUAGUAUCGGCAUACAAUUUCACUGACAUAUAUUAGAUGUAAUGUAGUGAAGUCAAUAGCUUGGUUAUAUUGUGACCUCACAAUCAUGGACAAAAGUCCUUGCGAUAAUAAUGCAAUAUUUAUAUUUUUCUGUCAUUUCUGGGUUUCCUCUUAAAACAGUGCAUUAGAAAUGCCAAAAUGUCCCAAGACUUGUCAAGGAUUGUCCAUUUGUACAACAGUUGCUUUGUUAGGGCUUGGUUUUCAAAGGUAUUGUUUUCAACUUUCUUUAAGAACUCAUGGGUGAAACUAAAGGAAAGCGUCUGGGAACAUUACGAUGCCGUGGUCUAAAGCCACCAGUAUUAAGAGGCCAUGCAGCAGCCUUUAAGUACUGGUUUGAUGCCUUUGGACAUAGUGGUCCAUACAGCCAGGACAUACAAGAAAUUGAUGGUGUUCAAAAGGUGAUUCCCAAGGGGAAUCCAAUGGAAUCACCAGGUGAGUCCCCCUUGUUGUUGUUGUUUUCCUGAAUUUUUUUCUGUGAAAGGUAUUUUUUACCAUGAAUUUUGCAGAUGUCAAAAAGACAAUGAAGCAGUUAAUCAAAAGGGCAGCCAGGCCAACAAGAUCAGACACACAAAGGGGCCGUGUGCCUUAUGAACCCAAGAAGGCACCACCCUUUUCAUUGCAGUAG